CCAUUAAGUAAUUUUGACAGUUGACAGGACUAAACACCACCACUCCCGUCACGCUACGUUGCUAAGCUGGCGCGGAGGACUAGAUGACUCAUAGGUAGCUGCUGGGACGAGGAAGCGAAGGAAAUGGGCGGGGGACUGGUGACAACAUGCACUCUCUCUCUCUCUCUCUCUCUCUCUCGCUGGAGGCGACAAGUGGCGAAGUGGCAUUUCUCCACCCGGCACUGUUACUAGCUGCUGCACUGGCUUUCUGUAGAGGGGGAGGUCUAAAAAUAAACAAGAGACCAUGAUGUGCGAGCUUGCUCGCGCACGUGUGUGUGUGUGUGAGCAGAGUGAUUUACAGCGGAGGGGAAGGGCCAUACUAAAAGGGAAUGGAGAACGAGAUAGAGAGAGAAAGUGAAGAGAGUGAUGGAAGAGUGAGCGUUGAGAAACGCACUCUCCUGCAAUCUUUCCCUUUAAACGUCAGCCAUCACUGGGCAGUUAACGCAUCCCCGCCUCCCCCCUCACCUUUUUUUCCCCCUGUAUAGCGCGAAUCCUUGAUAUUUUUUUUUUACCUUGAGGGAAAAAAGGACGUGCUAUACACAAGUAUGUACGGUAAAACUCUUAAAAACCCACCUCGAAUCCCACCUGGAAUCCUACGAAUCCUCGAAUCCAUAGGAUUCGGUAUAUUCGACGAAUCCAAGAUUCAAAAAUCCCAUCUCUACUUUUAUUCUUCCUGUUCAAGAAGGCGAAUCAAGAGAUGCAGUUAUGGAUAAAGUGACAAAACAAUUCUCAGCUCUUCAGAUUGAUGAUAUUUCGGGCAUUGUUGCCACGGAAGAGAGUGAAGAUAUGAAGUGGACUAAGUUAGCCAGAAUUCGUAGAGUUGAUGGUAUUUUGAAAUAUGAUAAAAUUUGUAGAAUAAUGCUGUCAAUACUUUCCAUUCCACACAGCAGUGCGGAAUGUGAAAGGAUUUUCAGUUUGGUGAAAAAGAACAGAACACAGUUCAGAUCCUCCAUGUCCAGUGACACUUUAGAAUCCCUUUCAAUAUUGAAGACAAGAAAAUCAAAUUUGUGUUAUGAACAAAAUUUUAGUCCUGAGUUCUUAAAGAGGGCAAAGAAGGCAACAGUUUCUUCUUUAAAGCCACAGUGCUCCAGUGCUCCAAAUUAGCUAAGCAUUUAUUUAUUAUUUUUUUUCUUAUAAUCCACAUUGUUUGACUAUGUUAUAUUAAUUUUCUGGCAAGAUUCUUAUUGUAAGCCAAAUAGAUUCUGAGUUGUAUUCUUGUGUGAAAUAUUGUGCUGAUCUUCAAGUAUCACAGUCAACAGGUAACAACACACAAAUAUUUUUUAAUGUAGCUAUAGAUUAUUUGAUAGUGGGUGAUUUUUGUAAUUUAGUUGUAUUUUAGCAGUACAAGUCUGUAGGGAUGUGCGAAAGUGACUUCAUCCACACAAAAUGAAAGUGAAAGAAAAUUUUAUCAAGUUUCGCGAAAGUGAAACGAAAAUGAAUUUUUCUAUGAGAUAAAUCUAUUCUUAACGAAAGUUAAGCGAAAUUUUUUAAUUAACAAAGAAAAAAAGUGCCCCAAAAUUUGCUCUCAGUAAUAAAUUCUAUUACAUAAAUCAUUUUCGUGCCUUUUGAUGUAUCUAAAAAUGACAAGUUCAUAAACUCAUGUUUGAUGACAUGCUAGCAGGAUACAAUAUAAGAUAUAACCUUAAAUGUCAUUUGAAAUUUUCUAUCGAUGACGAACCAAUAAAAUACUUGUGUUACUCCAGUUUAAGGUUGAGAUGCACUAAAGCACACAAAACUUGACUUCUUUCUUUUAAAAGUUGCGCGAGUUGUUUCAUUCAUGAUCACCACGUGUUGCAUCAGGCACGCAAGAAUAGGAUAUGUAAUAUUUAAUAUAAUCAACAUCCGCCCUAGACCACACAACACAGCCCCAUGUCACUCGUAAAUUUCAAGAAUCAAUCCAGAUCUUUCAGCGCACAGACUAUUUUCUUUACAGUCGUACACAAUGUCGCAAUCUAUGAUAAUAUAUUUAUCACGUGCAUGGUACUGACGAAAAAACACGUGACUACUGCGGAACGGCCGCAAUCUUGCACCACCGUCACACAUCGCUAGCUCAGGAAGCUGUAGACCCUAGACCAGGCAAAGGGACAUCGUCAAAACAAAACAUAACAAAUGGUUGCUGCUGAGUGGUUGUGACUUGUUGACCUUUUUGUCUAAUUGGCUGUAUAUUAUGAGGAUUUUAUAUGCUGGACAGUGUAUGUAAAAUUUAAAUAAAGCCGACGACAAUGUUUUUGUUUGGCCGAGCGCGAAUAAAAGUAGGUACGUUCUUUGUUUAUGUGUAUACAGUAAAUACUAAAUAGUGUACUAACAGUUCUGGAAUGAAUGUUUUACGAAUAUAGUACCUACACUACUGUUUGAAAGCAAAUGAAUCAGGUAAUUUUUCAAAUAUUGCAUGAUUUUGUUUUGAUACCUAGGCUUACUGUAAUCACGUUUGAAUUUUGUUUACUUUAUCGGCCAUGUUUGUUCACAUUAUGAUUUUACAGUAUUUUCAUUAACGUGAGUUUUUUUUCAUCACCACGGAAAUUAAUCUUAACGGAAAUCUUUUUUUUACAUGCUUUAUAUUAGCUUCACCUGUAUGUUUGUUUGUCUGUCCGUCUGUAACUCUUUCGACUAAGAGUGAGUGGCUCAUUAUUGUAAAAUGUCCCACCAAUUUCAUUACGUUCGUUAGCCGAGCGGUCUAAGGCCCUCCUCACACGGGGAUACUGAAGUUGCUUAGAUACCGCGAGACUCGGCGACCGAGCGACUCGUCAUGUAGAUAGGCAUGGCGUCACUCAGACGGCGAUACUGGAGUGGCGGAGACUGGAAGUCGUAAGCAACGUAAAUCCCGGCGACUCAGCAUGCUGGUCUCCACGCUACUCCAGUAGCCUACGCGGCGCGAUACUGUAUUGUAGCGAACAAUGGGCGAGCAGGCGUUUAAUAUCAAAUUUGUAAACGAAGUUGAGAAACACCCAGAACUCUAUAACUACAAGUUGAAAGGGUAUUCAAAAAAGGAUGUGACUGACAAAGCAUGGAAUGAUGUCGCAAAAGAAGUGCAACUCACAGUUAACGAAUGCAAAGAAAAAUGGAAAAAUCUCCGUUCAGUUUUUGUCCGUCACAUAAAGCCACCUCCAAGUGGUUCAAGUUCCAAAAAUAAGAAACCAUAUUAUCUAUCGGAGGCAAUGAAAUUUACCCUACCAUUCAUAAAAACGCUUGGUACACCAUCGGGGAAUUUGCCAGAAGUCAUCAAUGAACAAAACCUGGAACACAGUUCAUCUGACCCAACACAAAAUACGGAAGACGUUGCGGCUGAAGAGGAGGAAUAUAUCUCAGAUAACGCAAUACUAACUACAACACCACAACUUUCCCUUCCUUCACCUAUGCUGCCAAAUACUGACUUCUCGCAAGAACAUGCUCAUCAUUCCCAACAAAUGACUCAUGAUCCCUUUUCCAACCCAAAAGAUAAUUUAUCAAAGCGUAAAAAGCAAACAGUGACGGAAGUGGACAAGUCCUUUAUGGAAUACAUGAAUGCAAAGAAAAGGAAACUUGAAUCGAAUUCAAACGAUGAUAGGCAAGUAAAAAAGUCGUUUCUUCUAAGCCUUUUACCAGAAAUCGAACCUUUGACAGAUGCACAAAUGAAAUCAUUCCGACGUAGGGUUCUGCAGCUUAUUGAUGACAUCACGAAUCCAAAAGACAUGCACCAACACGUACCAGCUUACCAACAGACCCCAACUUACUCCUACAGUGUUUCCACGCAUUCAUCGUUGGCUACAGAUAAUGCUUCAAUUUGUUCGUCGCCUGGAAAUCAAACUAUUCCACAGAAAGUACAAGAUACUGAAACGCAACAGUAUUUUGAAGUCAUCCAAGAGACUUUACAAUAUGAGCAGGAACAUAAUGUGAUGUGAUGUUUUGUUGGGUGUGUAAACAUAUAACUUUGGUGUACGUGUUUUUAUCUCUAUUAUGUUGUUUAUUUUUGUGUUUACAGUCAUGAUUUGAAUGUUUGUGUAAUGGGUAUUCUUUAAAUAGUUUAUAUAUAUACAUUUUUUCUUUUGCAGUACAUUAUUUGAAUGUGUAUUUCUUAGGUAUAUUUGAAUUAAACAUUGGAAUGAAUUUAUGCAUAAGAUAUGUUUAUACUUUCACCUUUCAGUUGACUGGAAUACUUGGGUAUAAAUAACUUUAGAUUAUUUAACCUGUUAACGUUAAAGUGCACAUUCUUAAGAUCCAUACAACAGCCAUUUUCCACAGAUAAAAUAAGUAAUUGCGGCCUCAAGUUAAAAUGCAUACAUUGUUUUUAUUCGCCAAGCAUCAGUAUAUACGUUAAAAUACUUGGAAAGAAAUAGAUUUGUGUUGAAGGGAAACAUUUAGAAGUGCCUUAACAAAAAUUCGUAAUAAUUUGUAUUUCUUAACUUACUUACCUCAAAGUUAUCAGCAAUCGUUCACCGGGGCUCACGCAUUCCCUCAUAGUGGUAUCCCUAUAAUACAUCGCAGGUGUAACAAUUUCCGUUAACAUUUGGUAAGUCUCCUUCGUCAUUCUGUAGAAAGCGAUGAAUUUUGAGUCUGUCUCUUGCAAUUCUUUGGCCGCGACAAAUAAUCUACAAUUAAUGUUCCUUUCUAUAUAUGGAUGAACCCACAAUCUUUUCCUACUUCGUUUUCUAUAAUGUUGAUAAUAUUGGAUAACAAUAUCACUAUCGUCACUGCUGUUAUCACUGGACAUUACAUACAAUAUAUAGGCACUUCACGGUUCCACAAGAUACUCGGGCUGUACUCACGAUGCAUUUUUUCCUCCCAGUCUCUGAUAUUUUAGUAGCGUCGUGUGAAGAUAAUGGGCGACUAGAGUCACCCAGUCACACAGUUGCCUAGUCUCCAGGCUACCAGCGAUCGUUUUGUAGGCAACUUCAGUAUCCCCGUGUGAGGAGGGCCUAAGGCGCGCGACUUCUGUGACGUCAGCUUUCGGAUUCAGCGAUCGUGGGUUCUACUCCCGGCCACGCCGAAAAAAAAAUUUUUUUUUUUUUUCGGUAAAUUCUAAGAUUAUAUCCAUACAUCUAACUGUAAAUGAUUCGGAGAGACUUUACCAUUUCUUUGUGACGUUGCAACUCCAAAUAGUUAUCUCAGAUGGUGAUAGGUAGUGUCGGUAACUCAUUUCCCUAUGAUAAUUAUACAUAAAUAUAGUUUAAAAAACUAAAAAAACAUGCUUUUAAAGAAUAUCAAACUAAAAAGUUAAAAAUAAAUAUAGUUUAAAA